UGUACUGAUUUUAAACGUGUAUGCCAAUGCUAUAUUUAUAUAUUGUACAUCUCUUGCUGAAUGUUUUUAUCGCUCCAAAAACCUAUAAAUUUGUAAUACCGGCAUAAUAAUAACAUGGCAAACGAAAAGCUGAAGAUUUUAGCAAUCCAUGGAUACCGCCAAUCAGACAAAAUAUUCAGUGCAAAGUUGGGUUCCUUGAGAAAAAGUUUUAAAAAAGAAAUAGAUUUUACAUUUCUCAAAGCACCACACAAAGUACCACCUAUAAUAGAAAAUCCUCAUUCACAAAAGGAUGAAGAACCAGUAGAAGAUACAGAACAAUAUGGUUGGUGGUUCAAUACUGAGGAUCGAGUGUUUAAAGCUAUCGAGCCAAGUGAUAAAUCAGUUGGAUUCGAAGAGAGUGUGAAAGUUGUACAAAAAGUAUUUGAUGAGCAAGGACCAUUCGAUGGUUUGAUAGGAUUUUCUCAAGGCGGAUCAUUUGUUUCUAUUUUAUGUGCUCUGCAACAACAGAAAAAGUUACCAAUAAACUUUGAUUUUGCUAUCAUCAUAUCAGGAUUCAAAUCUCUUUGCCAGCCUCAUGAAAUUUAUUACAAUGAACAAAUAACACUACCAACUUUACAUGUUUAUGGUGAAGGAGAUCAAGUAAUUCCCACACAUAUGGCUAAAGAAUUAAGUGAUCUUUUUGACAACAAACAGGAAUUUGUACAUGAAGGAGGCCAUUAUGUGCCAGGAAAAAAACAUAUUUUCAAUGAUUUUGUGAAACAAAUGUUUGAAAGUAAAAACUCAAAAGAAAUCAAUAAAUGA